ACCCACGCACAACACACAACACACCUCCACGACGACACUAUCACACCUUUAGCAGUAUAUGGAAGAGCUGUUAGCGCAUUUAUCACCGACCAUAGGUCCAGAUAAUGUAGCUGGUAAGUGUAUUUACAGUUCACAGCUGUGACCACUGCGCGGUAACACCGGGGAGAGAGUAUCUGCAGGGUGGACAGAGGAGACAAGAUGUGGAGCUGCAGUCUGUGGGCUCUUCUCCCUCCCGUGUACUCUGUGUUUACUGCUGCUGGACUGUGGCUGGUAUACUUUGUCGCCGUCAAUGAUGAGACGAUAGCACCACUGGGUUCAAAAUACAAGAGAAGAAAUGGAUCCUUUUAUCCUCCCUACAUUAGUGUUGCAGGCAACUCUCCACCAGCCAGCUGCAUCUUCAGCGAGGUCAUGAACUUGGCUGCGUUUGUCGGGUUCAUCAUUGCCGUCCUCCGAUACCUUCAGCUCAAACACGUAAUGGACAAACAGUGGCUGAAUUUCGGCAGUAUGGUGGUUCUCUCUUUUGCCUGCUUCGGAAUGACACUCGUAGGAAACUUCCAGGUAUUCACUGAGGAGAUGAUCCACAAUUUAGGCACCUUCAUGACAUUUGGGCUGGGGACGCUGUUCUGCUGGGUGCAGUCCUACAUCACCCUGAGGGUUAAUCUGAAGAAUGAAGGCAGGAAGGCUGGUGUCCUCCGCUUCCUGUUGUCUGGAUGCAUCACUGUCUCCAUGAUACUCCACUUCUCCCUGAUUGCUCAGCGUCUCCACAUGCAGGCAGCUCAGUGCCAGUGGGCGCUGGUCAUGUUCUUCCUCACCUUCCUCAGUACUUUUGGCAUCGAGUUUCGUCACAACCGCUUUGAAAUGGUGUGCUCGGAACACUCUGGGUGUCCAGUGAGCCGCUCAGAGACUUCUGAAGUGUCCAGGUACCAGCCGGACCAACUGUGAGAACGUUACAUUGUCUGACGUUUAAAGCUCUGCAGGGUUAACUGCAGGAGACGCAUGAAUCAGCAACUUAAAAUGCAUUUACUCCGUCUUUAAAAGCUGUUGAUGUUUUACACUCCACUGUUACACAUGUCCACUUCUACGCAUGUUCACAAGUGAAACGUGUGCUGGUUGAUCAACAUUCUUUCGUUACAUGCAACACUUCUGUUUAAACGUUACAAAUGUCAAAGGUAUUUUUGUAACUUCAAAUGUUUGAGUUUUUGUAUGAAUCUAUGGAGGGUAUGAUUUAAAAUGCAAGUUUACACAGUAAGCAAUCAGUCAACAAAGAAAGCAACAUUUUGUUUUUACAGUCUUAUGUGUUGAUAACUUUAGCAGCGAUGAAAAUAAAGAAAACUGUUCUUUGUA